CUUGAAAAUAUUAUAAAUAAAAAAAUAAUCCAAACACAUACUAUACAUAGAGAUUGAAACGACGGACCAACAAAGCUACACACACAAGGCAUGAAAACCAACGCCAUACCGCAUUCUUGAUUCUUCUUUACGAUUCAUUCAAUCGGAUCUCAAAUCAAUCUUGGAGAUUUUUUCUUUUGUUUGUCUGUUUGAUAUUAUUUUCGGAGACACAUACGGUAUCAAUGGUGACGGUAGAUAAUGAGGGUUGUAUGAGUACGGGAUCUUCGCGGCGGUUCACGACUAAUAAUAGUUUUAACAGUAAUCGCCAUCAGAAGCUUGAGGUUUACAACGAGAUUCUUCGCCGUCUUAAAGAAUCCGAUCAUGAUGAGGCUAAACAACCUGGUUUUGAUGAUGAACUUUUGGCUCAUUUCAAUCGCCUUCCCAAUAGGUAUGCACUUGACGUAAAUGUUGAAAGCGCAGAAGAUGUACUCAUGCACAAGCGAUUGCUGAGUCUAGCACAUGAUCCUGCUAACAGGCCGGCAUUCGACGUUCGUCUAGUACAGGUUUGUUCAGUGACCGAUAAUAACUCAGAUGAUUUAGUCAACUACAGCUCAAACGGGAAGCAGAUACCCCAAAGCAUACAUCCACCACCUGCCUUUGGGUCAUCACCUAAUCUUGAAGCCCUUGCACUUGAAGCGACCGAACUAUCGGCUGGCAGCGGGAAUAAUGCUGUAAAUACCGACACAAACCUUCACAGGCCAUUGCACGAAAUCACCUUUUCAUCAGACGACAAACCGAAGCUUCUGAAUCAGUUGACAAGUUUACUGGCUGAAGUAGGACUGAACAUACAGGAAGCACACGUAUUUUCUACAGUAGAUCACUACUCGCUAGACGUCUUUGUAGUUGACGGUUGGCCAUACGAGGAAACCGAAGAGCUCCAAGAUGCAAUAGAAAGAAAACUUUUAAAGCUUGAGGUAUGCAUACAUAAGAAAGCUGACUUACUGGUUGACCACGUGUAUGUUGACUACAAUUUGACUUCUGUGCAGAAGCAGACAUUGCCAGAUCAGCUUUCGUCGACUUUUGUAAUGGAUCAUUUAAACAUACUUAAUGACGGGACAGAUGAAUGGGAAAUCGAUCCUAAGUUUCUAACAUUUGAUCAUAAAGUUGCAUCUGGAUCUUUUGGUGAUCUAUAUAAAGGUACGUAUCGUAGUCAAGAGGUGGCUAUCAAGAUGCUUAAGGCCGAGCACAUAACCACAAAUAUGCAGCAGGAGUUUGCUCAAGAAGUUUAUAUCAUGAGGAAAAUCCGGCAUAAGAAUGUUGUGCAGUUCAUAGGAGCAUGUACCGAACCUUCAAACCUGUGCAUUGUAACAGAGUUCAUGAGUGGGGGAAGUGUGUAUGAUUAUUUGCACAAACAAAAGGGUACAUUUAAACUUCCAAUAUUACUCAAGGUAGCAAUUGAUAUAUCAAGAGGGAUGAACUACUUGCACCAGAAUAAUAUAAUACAUCGGGACUUGAAGGCUGCAAAUCUUCUUAUGGAUGAAAAUGAUGUGGUUAAGGUGGCUGAUUUCGGUGUUGCAAGAGUGAAGGCUCAGACUGGUGUAAUGACAGCAGAAACCGGGACAUAUCGGUGGAUGGCUCCUGAGGUAAUUGAACACAAGCCCUAUGAUCUCAAGGCGGAUGUUUUCAGUUUCGGCAUUGUUUUAUGGGAAUUACUAACCGGAAAGCUUCCAUAUGAGUACUUGACCCCAGUACAGGCUGCUAUCGGAGUGGUUCAAAAGGGCUUACGGCCUACUAUCCCCAAGAACACUCAACCGAAGCUUGCCGAACUGCUUGGAAAAUGCUGGCACAAGGACCCGAGUAUAAGACCCAACUUCGCUGAAAUCAUCGACAUUCUGAAAAGAAUAAAAACCGAGGUUGAAAUAAUGGAGGAAAAACGGGCAGGAGAGAGGGCAUCAGGUCGAUUCCUAUCGCUACUUAGACGAGGCAAUCACUGACUGGAAGUUUACUUCUUUUUGGUGCACAAAUGGAAAUCUAGAAAAAUGUACAAUUGUUAGGGGCAAAGGUUUUGUGUUAAUCAAGUACAGAGUAUGGAACUGUUUUAUCUUUUGACGUGAAUUUUCAUUGUUAACAAGUAUAGUGUUUAGACUAAAUAGAUGAAAUAGUAUAUGGAUCAGAUUUUGAAAGGGAACAAAAUUCUGAA